GCAGGAAGGCUGGAGGGGUGUAUGAGGGGCUCUGCAGUGCGGUGGGGCCUGGGGAGAGUGGGGUGGGGGAUAGCAGAUGGUUUCUUCUGCUUGAUGAGGCUAGGGAGAGACCCAGGUUCCCGGUCUGGGUCUCCCUGGCAGAUUGAGGACAGAGAAUGCACCUGCCGGCAAGGUGGAACGUCCCCCCACCCCGCCCCCCAACUAGCCGCACCGCCCCCCAGGAAUGCCCUCUUUUGGUCCGCCGGUCUUGGACUCUGCUCUCCCCUCUCCUGAUAUCCUACUGUAUGCGUGGUGGGGGGACCUCAUGGAGGCGGGCAGCCUGUAAUGAUUAACCGCAGAGACACUCCAGCAUUCUUCCCGAAUUAAACUUUAAAAGAGCUGCCCCGCCUUCUCCCAUUGGGUAUUUUUCCUCAGUGAGAGAGUGGGCGGGGCCUCAGAGUCCUGGGUCCUCCCUUAUACUAGGAGUCAUCCAGGGGUUUCUCACCUUCUCACCUGGGCCCUGCACCCUAAAAAGUUAUAAGCCUCUCCCGUGGGGGCGGGGCGUGGAGUACUGGGCGGACGGGGGCUCUCCCGCCGCAUCCAGGCCCCUGGCCCAGGCCUCAGUCCCGCAAGCCCUUCCCCCUGCUCUGGGAAGCAGAGUUGUUUUCUGUUGGCCCUGAACACCCGGCCCCGCCACCUGCCCUUAGGGCCAGCCAGGUGGGGCGUGAUUCAGGAAGUAAACAAGGAGGUUGGGAGGACGGGAACGCGGGUGGGGCUGGAGCCACUGGGGGAGGAGGCAGCUGGGAAGCCACGGACGGAGUUACCUCGUUGAGGGGACAAACUGAUUUUGGGGGUCGGUGUUUCCAACCGAAGCUUUACCGGGGCCUCAGUUUGAAAACUCCAGAUCUCUAAGCUGCCAGGCCCACAGCCAGGACCCCUUCCUCCUCCCUGCUCACCCCAUUGGUCUUGACGAUUCCACCCGCCUCCAGCCUUAGAAGGGGCUUAAGGGCACGGCUGGGGGGCUCUGAAGGCAAACCCCAGCCUUGGACUGGCCCUCUCUGAUCUCUGAGGCCAGGCUCUAAUGUUAUUUGAAUCUACUUCUAACCCCUUCCAAGCACUGCCCUCCCGAAUUCUCUGCUCCUCUCCCCACCCCACGUUGGUCUGUGAUUUCGAGGCAGGCGUGGCCCCCUGCAGCCUGGAAUGAAGUCACUGGGGCUGUUUGGAGACCGGGGCUGUUUGGAGGACAAGGGCACACAACUGGUUCCGUUAAGCCCCUCUCUCGCUCAGACGCCAUGGAGCUGGAUCUGUCUCCACCUCAUCUUGGCAGCUCUCCAGAAGACCUUUGCCCAGCCCCUGGGACCCCUCCUGGGACUCCCCGGCCCCCUGAUACCCCUCUGCCUGAGGAGGUAAAGAGGUCCCAGCCUCUCCUCAUCCCAACCACCGGCAGGAAACUUCGAGAGGAGGAGCGACGUGCCACCUCCCUCCCCUCUAUCCCCAACCCCUUCCCUGAGCUCUGCAGUCCUCCCUCACAGAGCCCCAUUCUCGGGGGCCCCUCCAGUGCAAGGGGGCUGCUCCCCCGCGAUGCCAGCCGCCCCCAUGUAGUAAAGGUGUACAGUGAGGAUGGGGCCUGCAGGUCUGUGGAGGUGGCGGCAGGUGCCACAGCUCGCCACGUGUGUGAAAUGCUGGUGCAGCGAGCUCACGCCUUGAGCGACGAGACCUGGGGGCUGGUGGAGUGCCACCCCCACCUAGCACUGGAGCGGGGUUUGGAGGACCACGAGUCCGUGGUGGAAGUGCAGGCUGCCUGGCCCGUGGGCGGAGAUAGCCGCUUCGUCUUCCGGAAAAACUUCGCCAAGUACGAACUGUUCAAGAGCUCCCCACACUCCCUGUUCCCAGAAAAAAUGGUCUCCAGCUGUCUCGACGCACACACCGGUAUAUCCCAUGAAGACCUCAUCCAGAACUUCCUGAAUGCUGGCAGCUUUCCUGAGAUCCAGGGCUUUCUGCAGCUGCGGGGUUCAGGACGGAAGCUUUGGAAACGCUUUUUCUGCUUCUUGCGCCGAUCUGGCCUCUAUUACUCCACCAAGGGCACCUCUAAGGAUCCGAGGCACCUGCAGUACGUGGCAGAUGUGAACGAGUCCAACGUGUACGUGGUGACGCAGGGCCGCAAGCUCUACGGGAUGCCCACUGACUUCGGUUUCUGUGUCAAGCCCAACAAGCUUCGAAAUGGCCACAAGGGGCUUCGGAUCUUCUGCAGUGAAGACGAGCAGAGCCGCACCUGCUGGCUGGCUGCCUUCCGCCUCUUCAAGUACGGGGUGCAGCUGUACAAGAAUUACCAGCAGGCACAGUCUCGCCAUCUGCAUCCAUCUUGUUUGGGCUCCCCACCCUUGAGAAGUGCCUCAGAUAAUACCCUGGUGGCCAUGGACUUCUCUGGCCAUGCUGGGCGUGUCAUCGAGAACCCCCGGGAGGCUCUGAGUGUGGCCCUGGAGGAGGCCCAGGCCUGGAGGAAGAAGACAAACCACCGCCUCAGCCUGCCCACGCCAGCCUCCGGCACGAGCCUCAGUGCAGCCAUCCACCGCACCCAACUCUGGUUCCACGGGCGCAUUUCCCGUGAGGAGAGCCAGCGGCUUAUUGGACAGCAGGGCUUGGUAGACGGCCUGUUCCUGGUCCGGGAGAGUCAGCGGAACCCCCAGGGCUUUGUCCUCUCUUUGUGCCACCUGCAGAAAGUGAAGCAUUAUCUCAUCCUGCCGAGCGAGGAGGAGGGCCGCCUAUACUUCAGCAUGGAUGAUGGCCAGACCCGCUUCACUGACCUGCUGCAGCUCGUGGAGUUCCACCAGCUGAACCGCGGCAUCCUGCCGUGCUUGCUGCGCCAUUGCUGCACGCGGGUGGCCCUCUGACCAGGCCGUGGACUGGCUCAUGCCUCAGCCCGCCUUCAGGCUGCCUGCCGCCCCUCCACCCAUCCAGUGGACUCUGGGGCGCGGCCGCAGGGGACGGGAUGAGGAGCGGGAGGGUUCCGCCACUCCAGUUUUCUCCUCUGCUUCUUUGCCUCCCUCAGAUAGAAAACAGCCCCCACUCCAGUCCACUCCUGACCCCUCUCCUCAAGGGAAGGCCUUGGGUGGCCCCCUCUCCUUCUCCUAGCUCUGGAGGUGCUGCUCUAGGGCAGGGAAUUAUGGGAGAAGUGGGGGCAGCCCAGGCGGUUUCACGCCCCACACUUUGUACAGACCGAGAGGCCAGUUGAUCUGCUCUGUUUUAUACUAGUGACAAUAAAGAUUAUUUUUUGAUAUA